UAACCCGUCAGCACUCCCGUUAUGAGCAUUUUGCUCACAGGACACUAUUCAACUUAUAGGAUAUCGCUGUCGCGCAAGUGAGACACUAAAAACCACGGGAGUGCUGACGGGUUAAAACACGUGUCCAUUAAUUGCAAUUAUUUAUGAAUCAAUAAAUUUGUAAUCGUGCUUUUGCAGUAAUAAAUUAAUAACUAAUCGUGUUCGUAAAUAAUUCAUCUCAAAUUAUUUAUAUAUAAUUUUUUUAAAUUAAUUUUAAACUUGAACUUUACUCCAACUAGUCGGAUCAAGAAAAUUUCUUAUUGGAUUACGAGCGGAACUUGAUUGUAAUUAAUAUGCGCUAGUGUUUAUUUAUAAAGAGCUUAAAUUUAUGAGGUAUCUGUGAUAAAAUACAAGUUAUAUUAAACUGUAAUUCGAAGAAUAUUAUUUCUGAAACGCCAGACUUUGAAAUCAUAUCAAACAAUUAGUUGGCGCAUUCAUUGUUAUAAAUUAUCGGGUACUGUCAGUUGGAGACAUUCUCGAAUUUAUCAGCUAACUGGGCUGAUCAUUGAAUUUAUAAUUAAAAAUUUUAAAAACGACGUUGGAUCUGACCUGAACUUAGAAUGACAAUCAACAAAAUUUGUGGCAUUGGUGCUGGGUAUGUAGGUGGUCCAACAUGUAGUGUAAUAGCACUGAAGUGUCCGGAUAUCCGUGUGACGGUUGUUGAUAAGAGUAAUGAGAAGAUAGCUCAGUGGAACUCGGAGAAACUGCCGAUUUAUGAGCCGGGUUUGGAUGAAGUGGUCAAGAAAUGCCGAGGAAAGAAUUUAUUCUUCUCUACGGACAUUGAAGCUGCGAUACAGGAGGCUGAUUUAAUUUUUAUUUCUGUAAAUACACCGACCAAGACAUUUGGGAAUGGUAAAGGCCGUGCCGCUGAUUUAAAGUACGUUGAAAACACAGCGAGAAUGAUUGCUGAGGUGGCAACUGAUGAUAAAAUUGUCGUUGAAAAGAGCACGGUGCCUGUUAGAGCUGCUGAAAGUAUCAUGAAUAUUUUACGAGCUAAUCAUAAACCAGGGGUUUCUUAUCAGAUUCUUUCAAAUCCUGAGUUUUUAGCUGAAGGAACAGCAAUUGAUAAUUUAGUGAAUCCAGAUCGUGUUUUAAUUGGAGGUGAAGAUUCUCCGAAGGGACGCGAAGCUAUCGAAAAGCUCUGUAAUAUGUACGAGCACUGGAUUCCACGUGAAAAAAUCUUUACCACCAACACGUGGAGUUCCGAACUGUCUAAGCUAGCGGCUAAUGCAUUUUUGGCUCAGCGAAUAUCCAGUAUCAAUUCGCUGUCGGCAGUAUGUGAAGCUACUGGAGCUGAUGUAUCUGAAGUCGCAAGAGCCGUUGGUUUGGACUCGCGAAUUGGUUCAAAAUUCCUUCAAGCCUCAGUGGGUUUCGGUGGCUCUUGCUUCCAAAAAGAUCUACUCAAUCUUGUAUACAUAUGCGAGUGUCUCAAUUUACCAGAAGUCGCUGCUUAUUGGCAACAAGUGAUUGAUAUGAAUGAGUACCAGAAGUCUAGAUUCUCGAACAAGAUCAUUGAGAGUCUUUUCAAUACUGUCACAGAUAAACAUAUCGCGAUGCUGGGAUUCGCAUUUAAAAAAAAUACUGGAGACACCAGAGAAAGUCCUGCUAUCGCUGUGGCCAAGAAUCUACUUGAUGAAGGAGCCGUUCUUCACAUUUACGAUCCCAAGGUAGAAGAAACUCAAAUAAUUGAUAAUUUAUCAGCUCUAGAUAUCGAUGACGUUAAAAAUCGCGUUAAUAUUUUUGACAAUACGUACAGUGCUACCAAGAACACUCAUGCCAUUGUCGUAUGUACAGAGUGGGAUGAAUUUAUUGAACUGGAUUUCGAACGUAUCUAUGCAGAAAUGACCAAACCGGCGUACAUAUUCGAUGGUCGUAAAAUUCUAGACCAUGAAAAAUUACAAAAGAUUGGUUUCAAUGUCCAAACGAUUGGUAAACGUGUGUCGCGAAUCGCCAUUUCCAGGACUUGGGGCAGCCCCACACAGAUGUAAAUUUUUUAUAACUAAUAAUAAUUUCAAGUAUUAAUCGCAUUUAAAUGCAGUAUUCAUUGGUAAACUACUGAUGACGCAAGUCAUUAAAAAGCAAUAUUUAAUGCAAUUUUGCAGCAGUAUUUGAAUUUUGAUGUAUAUUUUUGUUAUUUUUAUCAGUAUGUUAGUCUUUAAUCAACUAAUCACUAUUAUUGUUAUUAAACAUUUGUAAUAUUUUUAUAAUAUAAAUUUAUUAAUUGGUAUUAAAUAAACAAUCAAAUAUUUUAUUUUUAA